AUGGCUGGCACGGAGGCCGGGCCGCUCAGCGAAGGUACAACAACGGAGAAUACUGUGGAGGAGGGAGAUAGUGUAACAACACAGGGCGAACGUGUUGGCUAUAUUUGGAGAGCAAAGAAUAAUAAACACGAGAACAUGAUGGAUGGUUUCCGCCUGCUCUUUGCAUUCCUGAUUAUGAAUGGUCUACGGAAUGGGGGUGCCUCACCCAUCAAUGCGGGUCCCAGUUUUCUCCUCGCCACCACUCUUCCAUCAUUAAAAGGGCACAUGUCCAUGAAGCUGACCAGAUCUGCUGCAUGCGAUCCAAUUGGUGGUCUUUUACUAUGGCAGAACUCGUUGGUCGAAUUUGUUGCAUAG